AUGACAUUAUCAGCUGCACUCACCACCAUCGCUGCUGCCGCCACUGCCGUCGCGGUCGUCCUAGGCACGCGCCAGCUUCGGCGGCGCAUCCGACCCCAGAAGCCCUUCCUGUCCGUGUUCGCUGACACUACCGACCAGCCCUUUCCCCACCUGCCGCCCCAACCGGACGAUGACGACGACGACUUCCAGCAGCGUUGUUGUGACUCUGGCUGUAGCAGCGGCGGCAGCGGUGGUGACAACACCGUGGCAGCCUCUACAGCUGCUGCUCCUGGAGCUACAGCCGCAGCGGCCGCCGCACCGCUACCUGAAGCAGCUCCAGGAAGACGUGGAGCUGCUGCGGGUGGCUCCCUACCUGCGGUGCACCCCUACCUGACCCGCAUUAAGCGACUUAUGGCCUCCACAGAAUGCCCCAUCCUGCGCCACCCGCCGCAGCCCCCACCGCUUCCACCGCAGAUAACGAACCAACCCAAGCCGCCAUCCAUAGCACCGGCAGCAGCGGCACCACCACCACCACCAGCAGUAGCAGCUGCUGCUCAGGGCUGCUCCACCUCGGGGUCGAGGCCCGCUGCGACCCGUGGGUCAGUCCUCCCAGGUUUCCAGCUCCACUGGGUAUCGAGUCCCAAGCAGCUGUACUGGCUGGGUCAGAGGCUGCGGCAGGAGCGGCAGAUCGGUUUGGACACGGAAGCCUCCCCACUGCUAUGCUACCACGGCAGGGUGUGCCUCAUACAACUAUCAGUCUGGGACGACACAGCCUCCCCGUGUGAUGGCGGUGAUGACGGGGGUAGCAGCGGCUGCAGCAGUGGCAGUGGCGGUAGUGGUGGUGGUGGCGGGCAUGUGUGGCUGGUGGACGCUCUGGCACUACGUGGCCAUGUGGGCGCUGCAUUGGGUGGGCUGAUGGCGGACCCACGGGUCGUGAAGGUGCUGCAUGGCGGAGGUAAUGAUGUGGUUUGGCUGCAGCGGGACUUCCGCGUGUACCUGGUCAAUGUGUUUGACACGGAGAAGGCCAGCCAGGCGAGUGGGGGCCGGGGGGAGGGGGCCGGGGGAAGGGGGCAUCCGGAGGUCGUUUUGCACCAACAGUACCCGUGCGACUGGUGUGACCAGUGGCGGAGUCUCCUGCCAUCGCUCCUAUUGCUGCUGCCGGGGAAUCCUUUCGAAGCUCACAUGUGUGGCCCUGCUUGUUUUUGGUUGUUUUUGAAGGUACUGGGCUACGAGAAUCGUGCCCUGGCCUCCCUGCUAUCGCGCAUUGUGGGCCUGGAUGUGGGGGCCGAGAAGGCGGCGGGGCAGCGGGCCGACUGGAGGAGGCGGCCGCUGCCACCGGCACUGUUGCGCUACGCUGCAGCUGACGUGGCGUAUUUGCCGUACCUUGCUGACGUACUUCGCAGGGAGCUGGCGGCGCUAGGACCACCCGGACGGGACUGGCCUAAUCCCCCUCCUCCUCCUCGCCCGGCUGACCCGGUACUGGGCCACCGGACACCCGCUGCUGGGGAAGAACCCCCUCAGCGGCCAGGAACCCGCCACGUGGCUGCUCCGCUGCUGAGUCUCACGCUAUACAAGAAGCCGCUGUCGGAUGCGGCGGUAGCGACGGGCAGCGCUGCCCCCGCCGGCACUGCCACGACUGCCGCCGCUGCCGUACUGCGCAAGUUCUUUUCUGCUGCAGCACUGCCGCAGCAGAUCGUGACGGCGACGUCGGGCGCAGCCCCUUCUGGUGCAGCCGCGGUGGCGGGUGCAGCCGGAGCGACGGUUACGGCGACGGCAGCGGCAGCAGGUGCCGUACUGGCGCUUUGCCGCUGGCGCGAUGCGACUGCUCGUCGUCUGGAUUUGGGUCCGCAGCGGCUGCUGCCGGAUGUGGCAGUGGCGGCGCUGGCAGCUGUACGGCCCCCACCUGCUGGCGGGCAGGCGCUUCUGAGGUUGGUUUCGGAGCAGCUGGCGGCGGCGAACCAAGGUCUGCAAGCCGAGCCGUACACUGCGCGGUAUGAGAUCUGUACGGCGCUACGUUCCCAAGCUGAGGCACUCAGCGGGCUGCUGACGGCGACAGCGGCGGGCCGGCUGACGGCGGCGACGGCAGCAGCAUCGGCGGCGGUCUCGUCGGCGGUGGAGGCGGGGUCGAGAGCCGUACACCAGCCGGGCGACCUCGCCGCGGCCGGAGCCGCUGGUCGCCGUACCCGCCACGACCCGGCCGCUGCUCGGGAGCGUCGGAGCUGGCUGAUUGAGAAGUUUAGCGCCAAGACGCAGGUGUAUCAGAACUGCCGCAUGCUGAGUCACGAGGGGCAGUUGCUUUGCUUCUGUGACUCCCGGAAGCUGAGGUGGUACUUGAAUAAAGGGCUGGCAGUGCAGGUGUGUGAGGACCCCCCCACCAUCCAGUUGCUGUUCGAGCACCAGAAUACCGACCAGAAACUGGGUGAGCAAUUGGGGGGUCACCGGGCCACGGGGCGGGAAGGCGUGAGGGAGGGUGAGGGAGGCACCGACGACUUCUAUACGCAAUCCAAGUCCAAUCGCUGUGUGGGUUGCGGCUGUAGCAGCCACUACCUGCGCUACCGGGUGCUCCCCGCCUGCUACCGCCGCCACAUGCCCUCCGCCCUCAAGAGCCACCGCUCACACGAUGUUGUGCUGCUGUGCAUCGACUGCCACGAGCUGGCACAAAAGCGCCAGCGUCGUCUUUUGAAGCUCGGAUUCCUGCGGACGCCGAAACGCUGGAUCGCUGUGAAGAGUUGCGGGGCACGGCGCGUAAAUCGUCCUUGGCAGGUUCCGCACAUGUUUCGUGGAGGCUCUACAGCCGCAGUACCUGCCCCCCGCCUGGGGAGUGGCCACUCGGCCUGCCGGGACUUCGGACCCUACUCCGUGUAUGCCUCAAGGGAGGGCCCCCAGCGGCAGGAGGAGUGUGGAGCACCCCGCUUCUGCAUCAAGCUGCAAUCCGCACGGUUGUUAACGGCAGCGGUCACACCUUCAGAGUGCACACACACGGACCACUACAAGUGGGGCACGAUAUGUGUAUCAGGGUCUGCAUUUCAGGGGUGGCACUGGCACAAAGUGGGCGCCGUCGGCAAAGUCCACUGGGAAUGCAACCGUGUACCAUCUUGGCGGGUGGAUACCCCUUGGGUGACCCCGAGUGGACGGGACUAUGCCCUCUUUGAGUAA